UCAUGAAUGAGAUCGUAAAGUUCAAGUGAUCAAAACAAAACAGUGAUCAGGUGUGUUAUCGAGUGAUACACUAACAUUUAUGUUUUGGCAGCUAAAUAUUAACGAGACGUUUUAACGAAUUGUGCAUACGCGCAUAACAAGAACGCUUUGCGCAAAGCAUCCGAAAACAUCAUACUUAACCCACGCCCAGUUUUCCAGUUUUGUGGCAUAUUGAUAUUGAACCAUAAGACAGAAUAGUGAUAUCUAUGAUCCAAUUUUGAGGCUCGAAAAAGCAUGAAUCAGUAUAAGAGUGAAAAACAGCUCGCUUACCUGUAUCCGAUUAUCGCAGCCUUAUCUUUUGUGUGCUGCAUAUCAACAACCGUAGCGUGGCAGCACUGGCGAUAUGUUUUGGAUACCUGUGUUGAAACCAACUGCGGCUGCAUUCUGCAUGGCCGAUCAACAGCAACACAGUUUACUGGAGGCCAUGUCGCGUAUUGCCAUUGGGCAGCUUAUGGGCUAGUGUUGCCCAUAAUAUUUUGUUUUAUUUUUGGGAUAUUUCAUGUCUUUCGGGUAUGUUUUGGUCGUCGUAGACGUUAUCCUGGAACUGCCACCACCGUUCGACAAAGAUCCGGGGAUGUUUUUGUAAUGACUACCAAGAGCGAUGUAGAGGAAGACGAUAUUAACCCAUACUAUUGGAUUCCUGCAAGCGUCAUAGGUAGUUUAAUGGCAAUUCUCACAUUGGUGCAUGCAGCGAUGUACUUGAACGGAUUUCUGAAUACCUGUAAACAACAACGUAACCAACUAAUUAAGAACAUGCAGGCCAACGGAAGUAUAGUCCCCAUCAUUCAAAGUCGUAUAUCAUGCCCGUCGGUAUUUGACUUCAUGGAUUAUUUGCACUUGGAUGUUGCUUAUGAUAGACGACGAGAAGGGAGAAUAAAUACCGCAGCUGCCUUGAUUAUUGGACUGGUAUGUUCAUGGAUAUGCGUCGGAUUAUGGGUUUGGACCAUAGUGAUUAACGUAAAAAGGGCACGCGCUAGCCAGAAGAUGCGCAUUUGAAAAAGUAGUUUUAAAAGAAAUUUUGGCAUGUAUCAUCUUAAGAAAUCGUAUAUACCAACACGGAUAUAUGUAUCAUUAUGAUGUUGAAGCAAGCAGUUCUAUGCCAUCCAUUCCAUAUGUGCCUCUAUUUAAGCAGUAUUUUCAAUCAACAUUAUUUUUAUAUCGUGUAUUACGAGAGCAUCAAAAC